GUGUGAGUUUAACCGAUUCUUUCGUCUUCCUCGAAUUUUCUCCGUCAACGAUCGCUUCUUGUUCAAUCUGUUUUCUUCGUUGCUGUUUCGAUCGAUUCCUUUAGUUUACUCUGGGGUUUCGAUUGAUUUAGUGUAUGAGUACCGAUUUUGUUGGAAUAUAUGUUGCUUGAUUGGACGGUUUUCCAGUUGAUUCUUGAUCAUCUGAAAUUUAAUUUCCAUGUUUGAUCGGGUUUUGUUCGAUAUAUAUGGUUCCUGAUUUCUGAAAAUCGAAUCGGAUGAAUAGCUUUUAUCUUCUCUGCGCUUUUUUGUAGUUUUAAUAAUAUCUACAAACGACGACAAUGGCUGACAAAGAGGAAGCAUCAGGUGAGAACACGACACGUGGAAGUGAUUGGGAAGUUGUUUCACUUACAGCUUCAGCUUAUGCUGCUGCUCCCGGUGGUCCGAAACAAGUGGAACUGAAAGAUGAUGACAAGGAUGCUACUCGUUACGAAGCAGAGACAUCUCAUCCUUUAUACAUGUCUCGCCACUUUGUUUUCCCGCCAACCGAGCAUGAGAACAUAGCCACGGAACCUAGCGAGAUCUACGAAGGUAAGGCAAGCAAGAAGAUGGAUUUUGGGUUCUCUAUGGAACAAGAAACCGGGUCUCGCGGAAAGGAAGAUGGAGAUUUGACGCUGAAAGGGUUGGAUUUAUCAGAUGACUUUGGAGGGCUUGAGUUUUUCGAGGAGAAAGACAAAAGAGAAGAAAACAUUUACAAGGCGGCAUUGAGUUCUCUGCACGAUGAAAGAGCUAUUGGUGGAUCACAUGUCUACGAACAGAACGAGCCUGUUCAUGAACCAACGAGUGAGCCAGUCACUCCAUGUGUAGUUCCAGAUCAUGUUUCACCUGAUUUGAAUCCUACUAAAGAUGAGAAGCAUCAAGUAGCAAACGUCCCACCUUGUGAAGCCUGGUGGAAAAGAAGCGCCGCGUCUUUGAUUUCACAAGCGAAAGAAGCAAACACAGUCUGGUCGGUUCUCAUAGCUGCAGCUGUAAUGGGAAUUGUGAUCCUUGGCCAACGAUGGCAACAAGAGAGGUGGCAGGUUUUGCAGCUCAAGUGGGAAACAAGCAUUGGAAAUGAGAAAGCUGGAAAAUUGAUAGGACCGAUCUCUCGACUGAAACAAGCAUUUGUCGGGGAACAGCGACGGGAUUCAUUCAUCCGGGUCAGUUCCCAAAACGACAGUUAAAACUAAGACGAGAAAAAGAAGGUGGAUUUGCUUUGAUGAUGACGAUAAAAAGAAAAAACAAAACAGUAAAAGAGUAUGUAGUCUUUAAGCGACUCUGGUGUUUGAAUGUUUUCGGUCAGAGUUUAUGGGUAUGGUUUGUGUGUACAUAUGGCUUUCGGUAUCUGAAGUGUAUGCUUUGCUUUUUUAUUUAAGGAUCUGAUUUCGGUGCUUAUACAUCGAUGACACAAUGUCGGAGAUCUAGCUAGCUAGCUAGCGGCCUGGUUCUUGUGGUAUACACACAUUUCUGAUUCAC